AUGGCUUCCGCUUCCGCCUCUCAGAAGCCCAAGGACCUCAAGGAGAAGGGCCUCUCCCGAGCUUCGAGCACCUCCAAGGCUGACCUUGAGAGCCCUGUUAAUGAUGUUAAUGGAACUGAGAAUAACCACUUGAAGGAACUGCAGAAGACUCUACGCAAUGCCAUUAAGAAGCUGGUGCUGAUGUCCCCGCCCUCACAGAACUCUACCGCCAAGCUCGAUGCCAUUCUCGCUGAGAACCCGGGCAAGUCCCUCGACGAACUCAUUGAAGAGAAGAAGAUCAACAACGACCAGAAGGCCCAGGCUAUGAAAAAGCCCUCCCUUCAGGCUGCCGUCAACCAAAUUGAAGAGCAGAUCGCCAUCUACAAGCAGUUUGCUGCCCAAUACGAAGAGAAGUUGGCCACCCAGAAGGCCGACCUGCUGAAGGCACACAAGGAGGAGCUGGAGGCUGUUCGUGGAAACGUCAUUGCCGACGCGACUGAGUCUAGCGCCAAGGCACUGCGCGAGCAGUUGCUUACUAUGAGCAAGUUCCUGUGCGCCGCAGCCAACCUCCGCCGCGAAGGUGAUGCUACUACCGUGGAGAGCCUUGCUUUUGAGGGUGUUCUAUUCCAGGUUUAUGGUGGCUCGCAGGAUGCAGUCAAUGCUAUGGUGAAGUUGAUUGACGGUGCUGAUGAGAAGGUUGUGGGCGUGGAGGGCGAUGCGCUUGAGUUCAGCUAUGGCGAUGUGAAGCAGGCCUCUGACAAGUUCGCCCCCGUCGAGGAGAUCACCGAGACUGUCUCUGAGACCACCCCCGCUACUGACCCUACCAUGGCCAACGCUGGCCUUACCGAGCUUCAGGAUGCCUCGUUCGGCGCCAAUGCUGCUCCUGCCGCCGAGAACGACCAGCUUGCUCCGCCUGCCCAGACUCUUGUUUCCGAUGCUGCCAACACCAUUGCGGAGAAGAGCUAUGACUCUGCUAACCAGGCCGGUGAUGCCGAUAAUGUCGAGCUUCCUCGUAACCCUGCCGAAACUGAUACUGGCCUCCAUGCUACUCCUGCCAGCGCUGAUGGCGGUUUGAACAACGGUUCUGUUGGCGUUGACGUUGCUCAAGAGAACAACGCCAAGGGUCAAGUCAACGGACGCCGUGGACGUGGUGGCCCUCGUCGUGAGGGAUCUCGUGGUGGUGGCCGUGGCCGAGGCGAUGGCAAGCGUGAGCGUGGUCGUGGUAGUGGUGGUCGCGGUCGUGGCGGUCGUGGACGCGGUGGCGGCAAUGGUUCGCCUUCUGAGGCCCAGCCCAAGACCAACGGCAGCACAAAUAACUAA